AUGGCGGACCUCUCCCUCUCUCUCGCCGUUGACAGCACUCCUGCCAACAACCUAACCUUCGGAAACAAGGUGUUCCUGUCUUCCGGAGAUUUCGAGGUCCUCUGGAACAACUCCCCGACGGGCAACACAGACCGCCAUUCCCACAACUCCAAGGACACGCUCGUCUCGGUUGGCGACUGGGUCUUCACCGCCAGGAUUGGCCUCAACCGCAUGCAGCGGCGCACGGCCAACCUGGCCCUCAACACCGUCAUCCCGGUGUACCCCUUCCCGGAGAAAGUCGGGAACAUCACCAUGGUGGCGAUAAACCUGAUGGCGGACCUGAUGGUGAAGGGCAAGGGGAAGCCGAAGCAGGUGGACACAUCGAAGCUUUCGGACGCCUUCAAGGUCAACUUCAGCCAUCAGGUAUUCACCCCCAACCAAGUCCUGGCGAUGACGUUCGAAGGCUCCAAGCUCGAGAUCGUGGUGCAGAGCGUGGAGGUGGCCACCAUCGACGGCCGCGAGGGGCAAGGGUUCACCAGCACGCACCAGAACACGCACGGCAUGCUCAACAACCAGACCGACAUCGGGUGGACCAAGCCCCCCGGGUCCAUGGUGAACCUGGAGGGGCAGACGGGACCGGGGGGGCAGAACAUCAUAUUCCGGGCGGACUUCGACUUCGCCAAGCUCGGCAUCGGAGGUCUCGGGAAGGAGUUCAGCCAGAUAUUCAGGCGGGCGUUCGCGAGCCGGAUCUUCAACUCUGCGGUGGUGAGGGAGAUGGGCAUCAGCCACGUGCGGGGCAUGCUGCUCUACGGCCCCCCCGGGUGCGGUAAGACCCUGAUCGCGAGGCAGAUCGGGAAGGUGCUGAACGCCCGCGAGCCCAAGAUCGUGAACGGUCCCGAGGUGCUGGACAAGUUCGUCGGCGGCUCGGAGGAGAAGAUCAGGGCCCUGUUCGCCGACGCGGAGAAGGAGCAGGCGGACCAGGGCGAGGCCAGCAUGCUCCACAUCGUCAUUUUCGACGAGAUCGACGCCAUCUGCAAGACCAGAGGGACCGUCAGGGACGGCACCGGCGUGUCGGACUCGGUGGUGAACCAGCUCCUCUCCAAGAUCGACGGCGUCGACUCCCUCAACAACGUUCUCAUCAUCGGGAUGACCAACCGCAAGGACAUGAUCGACGAUGCGCUGCUGCGGCCCGGGCGUCUGGAGGUGCACGUGGAGAUUGGCCUCCCGGACGAGGCGGGGCGGCUCCAGAUCCUGCAGAUCCACACUCGCGGGAUGAAAGAGAGGGGCCGCUUGGACAAGGAGACGGCCGAUAACAUGGAGGAGCUGUCGAGGUUGACGAAGAACUUCUCGGGGGCGGAGAUCGAGGGUCUGGUGAAGAGCGCCGCGUCGUACGCCUUCGAGCGGGAGGUGGACGUCAAGAACCUUGACCAGGCGCCCGACCCCAACAACCUCGUCGUGCGGUGGAAGGACUUCCAAAGCGCGCUCUGCGAGGUUCACCCCAAGUUCGGUGCCGACAGCCAGGAGCUGGAGACGCUGUACGCGAACGGCAUCGUGCCCUACAGCCAGGAGUUCGACGAGGUUCAAGUCACGCUAGGGAGGCUCAUCGAGCAGACGAGACUCAGCGAGAGAACUCCCAUCAUGUCGGUUUUGCUGCAGGGAGAGGCGUUCAGCGGUAAGACGGCGUUGAUGGCGCACGCGGCGGUCACCUCCGGCUUCCCCUUCAUCAGAAAGAUUGCGGCCGAUGAGCUUAUCGGCAUGGGAGAGGUGUCGAAGGCCGGGUACAUCUCCAGGGUGUUCCUCGACAGUUACAAGUCUCCGCUGUCGAUCAUUCUCAUCGACGACUUGGAGAGAGUGAUCGACUUCGUUCGCACGGGCCCACGGUUCUCUAACACGGUCCUGCAGACUCUCCUGGUUUUGCUGAAGAAGCCCCCACCACAAGGACACCGGCUUCUGGUGAUGGCAACCACGGCCGUACCCUACCUCUUGGAAGAACUGAUGCUGGUGCAGGCUUUCAUGGUGUCGCUGCACGUGCCGCAGCUGCAGGGAGGGGGCAGUGUCAAGACCGUUCUGAGAAAACUCGUGCCCAUGUCCCAGGCGGACAUGGACAACAUCGCGGCGGUGAUCACGAACCCUAUCGGCAUCAAGCAGCUGCUCAUGGUGACGGAGAUGGCGAGGACCGAUGAGGAGACCGUGUCGUGCGAGCGGUUCCUGGAGUGCCUGCACACGAGCGGGUACUCGGUGGACUCGUACGCCGCCGCGCCACAGAGCUGAGGAGAGCACCUGUUUGUCCUGUUUGCUCCGACUUUCGUUAGGUUCGCUAGUCCACGAUUGGCCAGGAAAGUGCCUGUUGGGGACGCUACGGUUUGAGAAUCGUCAUGAGUGAAAUGGUGAAUUUUGGGGCAUGUUCACCGACUGCCUGACCUCUGUCUUAUCCAGCGUGUAUGUAUUGAGGCACAGAGCCAUCCGGAUCUCGUCGAGACGGCGGCGGAAUGGUGUACUUUGAUCGUCGAGGGGCAAUGUCAUUGGAUACGACACGAAUGCCUGGUUACCAUCACUGGACAGCAAUACUCGGGUUGUUUGCAACAUUCUCAACUACUGUUGUCGCUUCUCGAGUUUCGGGGGAUUUGCUCAACUUUCGUGCGGGGCUGGCGGUAUGUUGUCAUACAGCUACUGUAAGAACAUUUGGGCGAAUCAAUCGUCGGCGUUGUUCUACUUUGUUGAAAUGCAUGUUUACAGGCAGCGUGGCGUGGGUACCAGACAUCCAACCCUGUCGUCUGAAGCGAUUGCAUGGUGCUUGCUGUUAGAGGUCAGGCACGGUUCUACGAGAAUGAAGCUCCCUCAUUGUGUCGCG